AUGCCUCUCUACAACGUUCGUCUCACUACACUCUGUUUGGCUGCUCACUUGGGUACUAACACACCCCUUUUCCAGGUCACUCUGAAGAAGGACUCUCCCAUCGAGGAGCUCCACAAGGCCAAGGAAGCCGCUCGCGAGAAGGGAGGAACCAUCAAGCACGAAUACACCCUCAUCAAGGGCUUCACCGUUGAAUACCCCGACGAUCUCGUUCAAGUCUUCGAGUCAAGCGAGCACAUUCACGUCGAGCAGGAUGGGGAGGUCAAGACUCAGUGA